AGCUAGUUACCAAUUGAUCUGAUACUCUGUUAGUGCAAGUAAGCUACUCUUUAUACUGAUAUAAUCAUUUACAGUGUCGUUUCAUUAUGUUUAAGCAGGCAAAGAAAACACACAGAAAUAACCGUCAUCCAUCUUCAUAUGUCUCGUAAGUGAACAUAUUGAUAUUUUGAGAUAAUUGAUAAAUUGCUUUUCUCUAUCACAUGUCUACUUUCGCAAUACAAAAGUCUUUCAACAUGUACAGUAAUAGAACUUUAAAACAUAACAGCAAGGAUUGUUUGAGUACCAAAUAACUUAAUACAAUUCAUUUAUUAGGCAAAAAAUCUGUUUACCAGCCCUUGUAGUAGCUGUGAAAUGCAAGGAACUGUUAUUAAAACCUUACCUAAUCAAAACAAAGCAAAUUUCUAUACAUUUUUUUUUACAAUGAACCCUAUUUUAGAAGAAUCUGUUAGACGUGCAACUCACGCAGGAAGUUGGUACCCUUCAUGUCCUAUAACAUUAACUAAGAAUUUAGAAGAUUAUUUAAAUAAAGCUGAGUCGAAUGAUUUUACAAAUGUGAAAGCAAUUAUAUCCCCGCAUGCUGGUUAUUCCUACUGUGGUGACACAGCUUCUUAUGCUUGGAAGUCUUUAACGUUUUUACAACAGCCAAUAAAGCAAGUUGUCAUUAUAGCGCCCUCACAUUAUUGCCAAUUUCAAGGAUUUAAAGUACCUUUUGCUAAAUGUCAAUUUUAUGCUACCCCUUUAGGUUUAUUUGAGUUAGAUACUUUAGCUCUUGACACAUUGGCCGUCGAAUUGAACGCAACAUAUCUUACAAAAGAAGAAGAUGAAGAAGAACAUUCAGUCGAAAUGAUGUUACCUUUCCUUUAUAUUCAAUUGAAUAAUAUGCUUAAAAAGAAAACUAAAGAAAUAGACACAGGAAGAAAUUCCUCCUCACAUAUUGAACAAAUGAAAAAAGAAAAAAAAAGUUUACCCAAAUUAAUUCCUCUUUUAGUUGGAAGCGUUAUGGACGUUACACCACUUUUAAAAUAUUUUAAUGAUCCGGAAUGCUUGUUUGUAAUCUCAUCCGAUUUUUGUCAUUGGGGGAAAAGGUUUCACUACAUGUAUACUCCUAAACCUCUACAUGAAAAAGAAGAAACAAUUAAUGCAUUAAUACAACGUCUUGAUAUGGAGGCUAUUACAUGUAUCUGUAAUCAUAACAUUGACGAUUUUGAAAAGCAUUUAAGAAUAACUAGGAAUACUAUUUGUGGAGCUAACGCACUUAUUAUUCUACUUCAUGGUUUUAUAUAUAUUUUUUUCAUUUGCAAGUUGAUACAAAAGUCGAACAUGUCUUUGAAAACAAAUGUUCUUCAUUAUUCUCAGUCAUCUUUGAUUACUAAUCCAACAAGAAAUACCAGUGUGUCCUAUGCUUCCUUAUUGACUUUUACCCAGAUCUAAAAAAUAUACCCCAUGCAGUAAAACAGUUUUACGAAAAUAAGUUAUCCAAAAAUUUUUAUGCAAAAUAGUUGUCAAUAAAGCUACAUUGUGAACUUAUUUUUGUUUUGUUUCAUGUUGUAUGAUCAUUAACGUUUAUUGUGCUUGAUUUAUUUAACGAUGUGUAUACUUGACUAAAAAAUAAAUUGCCCUUAAA